AUGGCCAAGGUCCCACGCAACUUCCGCCUGCUGGAAGAGCUCGAGAAGGGCGAAAAGGGUCUUGGUGCCGAGGCCUGCAGUUAUGGUUUGGAGGAUAGCGAUGACUUGCUCAUGACCAACUGGAAUGGAACCAUCUUGGGACCUCCUCACUCUGUCCACGAGAACCGAAUCUACAGUCUCAAGAUGCACUGCGGCAGCACGUACCCCGAUGUACCCCCCAAGAUCCAGUUUGUCAGUCAGGUCAACCUGCCUUGUGUCGACCCGAAGAACGGCGUUGUCGACCCCACGAUGCUUCCCUGCCUUGCGCAAUGGAAGCGCGAGAAUACCAUGGAGACGAUCCUGAUAGAGCUCCGAAGAUACAUGGCCUCCCCGCCUAAUAAGAAGAUUCCCCAACCCCCCGAGGGAUCCACCUACUCAUGA